CUCAGGACCACUGAUUCGACCACUUGAGCACCAGCAGGUGGCCGUGCGGCUGACGGAGUCUGCUGGGUUUGAGGAGUCUUUGCUUUUUCCAUUGAGUUGAUGAUGUGACAGGUCUAUAUGCAGGAAACAAAAUACGUGAUACUGCCUCAGAUAAUGAUGAUGCUAUCAUGCAAAACCAAAAUAGAGCUUGUGAAACCCGGGUAAGAUGUUAGUUCCUUAGCAUCUAUUAGUGCAUCUGUUAUUUGUUCCUCUGUGAACACAUCAAAUGACGAUAUCUUGUUCCUCUGACAAACUGACACAGUUUUCUUCCUCAAUCGCUCAGUGAACAGUGUUUGGUUUUCCUGCCAGCGAGUCUUCAGAAUGGAAGAUCUCAACUCUGUUGUCCCGUCUAACAUCUCCUCCUCUGAUGGACAUCCACCUCUUGUCGCCUGGGUCUCCACCAGUCUGAUCCCUGCGUUGGUGCUGUCCGUCUGCUUCCUGCUGGGAGUACCUGGAAACAUCGCUGUGAUCGUCCUCAGACCAAACUGGCAGCACCUGUCCAGUCUGAGCCAGAGUUUGGUGAUGAAUUUGGCCGUAUCAGAUCUUCUCUGCCUGCUCACUCUGCCCCUGUGGAUUUACACUUCGAUGUACAGCUGGACCUUCGGCCUGGUGACCUGUAAGCUUCUGACAUAUCAAGUUUACUGCAGCCUUUAUGGCAGCCUGCUGACUGUGACGGCGCUCGGUGUCCAGCGCUACCUACAGGUGGUGAAGCUGCAGAAAUGCUUCAGUCAGGUUGGAAGGAAGAGGAUGCUGGUCCUCCUGUGGCUGACUGCGAUGAUCCUGUCCGUCCCUUCUUUAGUGUUUCGACACCCGACCACCGUCGACCACUGGACCACCUGCAGCUCUCACUACUCCUCUUCGGCCCAGCAGGUGGCUGUGCUGCUGACUGAGUCUCUGCCAGGAUUUGUUUCAAUAGCGAUUGUGGUAUUUUCGUACAUCAGCCUGCAGCGAAAAGUGAACGAGGCGGCGUUCUUUACCAACCCACAGACGACCCGACUGCUCACAAGUAUCAUCGUGAUCUUUUUUGUGCUGUGGAUGCCGUAUCACAUCACGAAUAUGCUCGUGGUUGCAGCUAUUUCACGCAAUGAUGACAACAUGUUGAAGUCUGCCACGAACAGCCGAAGAAUAAGUAGAGUCUUUGUGUUUGUAAAUAGCUUCAUGAAUCCACUUCUUUAUGCAUUUGCUUCUGGAAACAUCUGCACUGUCUGCAAAAAAAGGGGAACUUAGAUAUUUUGGUUAAUGCGGACGCUCGCCGUUUACAAAAAAACACAUACCAGUGAGGUUAUUGACUUGUUGACCACCAUUGUUUGUUUGUUGACUUGUUGACCACCAUUGUUUCUCUGAUCUCAACAGAUCAGAGAAACAACAGAUUUUUAUUCUUUGGAAACUAUACUAAAAUCCAAUUUGAAGUUUAAUCAUUUAUUUUUUAGAUUAUCCAACAUCUUUCCUCAAAUCAACUGUGAGCUGAACACAACUGGUCCUUGGACAGAGCUGUUAAAUCAUUUUGUAAAAAAAUAAACUUUUAAACAUUUAAAUCA